AUGGCGACCACCAUCAGCACUCAGCGGGGACAGGUGUAUAUUGGGGAGCUUCCCCAGGACUUCUUGCGGAUCGCUCCCACCCAGCAGCAGCAGCAGGUCCAGCUGGACGCCCAGGCUGCCAGGCAGCUUCAGUUUGGAGGCUCAAUAGGCACCGUAGGGCGACUCAGCAUUACGGUGGUCCAGGCCAAGCUGGCUAAAAACUAUGGUAUGACUCGGAUGGAUCCGUACUGUCGGGUCCGACUGGGCUAUGCCGUCUACGAGACCCCAACUGCUCACAACGGAGCCAAGAACCCACGCUGGAACAAGGUGAUCCAGUGCACGGUGCCUCCUGGGGUGGACUCCUUUUACCUGGAGAUCUUUGAUGAGAGAGCGUUCUCCAUGGACGACAGGAUAGCAUGGACUCAUGUCACCAUCCCUGAAAGCCUGAGGGAGGGCAGUGUGGUGGAUGAGUGGUUCAGCCUCAGUGGCCGGCAGGGCGACGACAAGGAGGGCAUGAUCAACCUGGUCAUGUCUUUUGCUUCCUUACCAGCAGGGAUGAUGACUCAGCCUGUGGUCCUCAUGCCCUCUGUCUAUCAGCAGGGAGUAGGAUAUGUGCCCAUUGCAGGAGUGCCUGCAGUCUACAACCAGGGCAUGGUGCCCAUGGGGAUGCCAGCAGCCGUGCCUGCUGUUGUGGGCCAGGGUCCGGCGUGCAGUGAGGAGGACCUGAAGGCUCUGCAGGACAUGUUCCCCAACCUGGAUUCAGAAGUGGUUCGCACUGUGCUAGACGCACAGCAGGGCAACAAGGACGCUGCCAUCAACUCGCUGCUGCAGAUGGCUGAGGAGCUCUAACUGCAGAACACCAGCUCAUAGUGGACAUACAAACACAACACACACACACACACACACACACACACACACACACACACACACACAGCAGCCAGGCCACAGAUGUGUUUCCUCUCCCUUUAUUGAUUCCUGGUUUAAGAUGUGUUUGGGACAUUCAUGUGAGGAUCAUUAAGGUUUGUCUCACAGUCUAUGUUCACUCUGCUCAUCCCAGGGUUUGAUAUGCACUGUUUGAGCUGUAGUGAGUCAUGCUUUGCUAAUAUUCUGUGUAGAACAUGUCUGUAGUAACCUGCAGUGGACUAUUGUUUCAUAUGUAGCUGUAGACUGUUUAGUGCAAAGUUCAAAAUCUGGUAAAUUAUUAUGGAUGUAUUAAAUUAUAUAGAAUUCUAUAUGGUGAUGAGGAUUGAGAAUGAACAAAUGACCUGAGGGACUGAGGUAAUCUUUUAUAGCGAUUUAAAAAUGAUUUAUUUGCAAAGUUUUGAUGAAACCCAUUUUUCAAUCAGUGGAGUAAGGAUGUGAAAAGUGUUAUAAAGUAAUAUCCUGUGUAAAUAACUAGAGUUUUGAUAAAGACGCAGUGUGAGCGCGAUGAGAAUCAAGAUGUCCUUUUCAUGAUGAAAUCAGAUGGUUUUGAAGCUCACCAGGAUGUUGUCUGUACAGCUUUUAAAGUCUACACAUUGACGUCGGUCGAGUGAAGACCUGAACAGAGUCAUUUAGUCUAAUGAAUUUUAUUGAGUGUUUUCCCCCUGAGACAGUGACCUGACUGGAUGUACAUGGUCCUAGAAAACGGACUCCUAUGGUGCGUUCUUAUACCCACACUACCGUAGUGUUUAGUACGGCAGAAAAAUAUUUAGUAUGUCCCAAUACAUAGUAUGUCAAUGCAGUACGCCAAAAAUACCAGGAUGUCCUCCUGCAUCCGGUCACAUUUUGCAGUAUGCAAGCCAGCAUGCUUCUCUGGGUAUUCAGACCCACAAUCCUCUGCACAGGGGAUAAAUGAGCAAGAGGGUCAAAGUUCCAGAUGCAAUGUUAUGAAGUAAUAUUUCCCUAUUGCAUACUGCAUGCUACAAUACGUGCGUUGCAGUACAUACUAAAAGACAAAAGAAAAAGUAUGCGAUUUGGAAUGUAACCCUAAUGUUUUUGGGGACCUCCUUACCUUUGCUAUAGCGCCACCAUCAGGUUAAAGCUUAUACCAUAAGGACCAAAACAGAUGUUUUCAUAGUUUGCUGUAAUGAACUGCAGCUUCUAACACAGUCUUCUUGUUUUUCAAGUAGUUCCUAAAGCUUUCCACUGACACUUGUAGGUUACAAGGUCUUGAUUCUGAAGUGCUGUCUGCCAAAGGUUUCAUCUAAGAGAUGAUAGUUGGGACUUUACGCUUGUGAUUCCAAAUCUAUUGCUCUUUAUUAUUCAUUCUUAAAAUGUCAGUCAUUUUAUUCUGUAAUGUGAUUUUGUUAUUUUCAAUUCACUGCUGCACAACAUCUGGAAAUCCAUGCACUUGCAAUUACAUUUUUAAAUCAAUAAUUAAAACAUUUUAAAUGUUAAAUUAUAGAGAUUUCUGGCAUGAACUUCAUGAGACGUCUUCAGGUUUAGAGCACUUCUGGUGAUGCAACAUGACCUCACACACCUGCGUCCAAUGUUAGCAAGAGCUUCAUUGAGGGCCACUUGAGCUCUUCAGCUACAAACAAUUGCCAAUGCCAAAAGGAACAGCUGAUUAAAUGGAAGACUGUUACAGAAAGAAGUGUUACAAGAUAUAGAUGCUUGUAGAAAUGUUUCAUAAUAUUUUUUUAUUUUCAUUUAUCCAGCCAAGUGUUGUGUAUAUACUUUGUCAGGAGGUUGCAGGUUUGCCGGUAACCCCUUAGCCAUCAGAGGUAUAAUAAACACUCAUGUCACCACUG